CAAGAUGAAGGAAAACCAAAAGAAGAAGAAGAAGGAGGAGGAGGAGGUUGAGAACAUCAGCUCACAGGAGGCUGUUGACAUGCAGGAACUGAAGGAGACAGGCCACACCCCCGAGCUGACCACCGAGCAUGAUGGGAGGGAGGUUCGAGUCAAGAGGGAGACUGCGGCCAAUAGGAAGCCUCCGUUCCAGAAGAGCCGCAGUCGGGAGUUUGACAGAGAGACGCUCGUCUCAGAGAACAGACAACACUCGGAGAGGUUCACCUCCUCCUACAGCUCCUCCCAAACCCACAGCUUCUCCUGCUCCCCGGUGGAGACCAACCGAGUGUUUGCACCAGGAGGGGACCUGUUGGAGGCGGAGCUCCUGCUCCAGGAAGUAACGUCAGAGGAUUUGUUUUUCACUGAUGAGUAUGAGUGUCCGUCACCUGACGACAUUUCCCUCCCGCCGCUGGCAGAGACACCGGAGUCCGGGAUGGUCCAGUCAGACACUGAGGAGGGCUUUUGUUUCCACAGCAACCAACAGAACCACGUCCAGUCAGGGCAGAGCGGGUCUGGUUCUGCUGCUGGUGCUGUCCAACAACACAGAGAGUCCUGCUCGACAAAGGGUUGUUCAACUCCACCUGUCACUCUUCACUGUAACACUAGGUUCAGAUCAGAGUCCAUUUCUUUUGUCCAGAGUCCACUGACAGUUCCUGCUCCAAGUUUCCUUAGAAGCAGCCUGAGGACGGAAGAGACCACAGUCAAUAAAUUCUCGGACACUGCUGACCAAUCCCUCACCACCGCUGAACCAGACCCAGUUCACAAGGAUAAUGCUACAGAUAGCAGUUCCAACAAAGACGACGUUUUCCCGGAAACAGAGCCUCAGGUGAUUCCAGGUAACCAGGGUAACAACACCAUAAAGGUCUCGAUCAAAAAUGAGACCCUGCCACAGGUUGAUACUGUUCCCCAUCCUGCAGCACUCAGUCAGAUCCACAUACCUCCCAAGUCCACUUAUGGUCAAGUCCAAACCUUAAAUGAUG